AUGCUUGACGAGGCUCUCCCCACAUUCUACCUUAAAUCCACUUCGCAACCUCACAUCUCAACCAUCUACUUCUGCCAGCAUGGAAACGAGCCCUCUCCCGCCUACUCUCUCCACCAUCCGGACCCCACUUCCCCCUCCAGCAAGAACCGCUACGCCGUCGCCCUGGUCGAUCCCUACGUCUCCGACAUUGUCUUCGGCGAGAUCCUCAUCAUCCCCGAAUGGACCCAACCCAUUCUCUCCGCCGAAGCCAUCCGUCAGAACGGCGGCGUGGCCCCGCCGCCUGAGCCCAUCCUCCCCACCCGCUUCACUAUCCACCUCUACAACCCUGACCAGCAGGUCACUGUGCAGUUCAAGCCGAAAUCCUGGAACAGCCCGGCCACAUGGACGUUCGAGAUGCCGCAGCACACCUUUCGCCAGCCGUCAAACUCCAGUCUCGAUCGCACGCAGUCCGAUCCCGCCACCGCAGACACCACGCCCAAACUGCGUUUCAGCUGGCGUCGCGACAGUAAAUUGUCCAAGGACCUGACGUGUCUGCUGUCCGGGAAGACGACGACGCUCACGGAGCCGAAAACUAAGAGCAAGGAACCGGAUAUUACGCUCUCAAUCUUCAAGGGUCUGCGUGAACUCACCCUCUACGAACCGAACCUGUACCGCGUCGAAAUGGAAGAUUUCAAGGGUCUAGAGGUCGUACUCCUGCUAGGAGCGGCCACUAUCCGUGAUGUGUAUUUUACCUCUAUGAAGGAUAGCUUCCACGUUUCCAAACCGACCUCGACCUCGGCUUCUACAGCUCCCCCUGCGGCCAACGCAAACUCAGCCCACGUCCAGAGACAGCAGACUAUCCCCAUGGCUACGGGGGCACUGACCACGAGUCCGACAGAAAACUAUUCACCCGAGAGUAGCUCCCAACAGCGCAACAAACAAGAACAGCUACGGAUGGAGGAGGAGCGACAAACACAAAAAUUCCUCGAAGAGGAGGAGAACAGGCGUCGUCGGCGACAGGCCGAGAUCGACCAGGAGACACGUCGACUGCAGCAAGUGUACGGCCAGGAGGAGCAGCAAGCGCGCACGCAGACGCAGACUCCGUCCCUACCGCCGCGACCCACGCAGCCUGGCGGACGCGGGGCGCCGGCGCCGCGCUUCUACCACCACCAUCACCAUUCGCCGUCGACGCCGCACAUCAUGUCCGGCGGCGUGGGGCGACAGAAACCCACGGCGACGUUGGCGCCGGAACGGCCUCAGUCGACAGGGACACGACCGGUACAGCCGAAGAAGAGCAGUUUCUUUGGAUUGCGGAAGACCUCUGAAGACGGAAAGUUGAACAAAAAGCGGAGCUCAAUGUUUUAG